AUGGUUCGAUCGACAAGGAUGCUAAGCCAAGCGGCACGGGCUCUCAUACGUUCGCCUCACCCCACGCUCUCGCUCUCGCCCGCUGUUCGAUCCGCAUUGUCACCUGCGACGAGAGCACCUCUCGUUGCGCUCGAGUCCACCAUCAUCACGCACGGGCUGCCCUAUCCGUACAACCUGGAAGUGGCACAAGAGCUCGAGCAGACGGUUGUCGACCAUGGCGCUGUGCCAGCUACCAUUGCGCUUCUCGAAGGGAAGCCUCUGGUCGGACUUGAUCAGCAGCAGCUCGAAAGACUGGCACAAUGCGCCAUUGACCCGAGCAAGAAUCAGGCAAUCAAGGCAAGUCGUCGUGAUAUUGCACAUGUGCUAGCCAAAGGCAAGGGCACCAUUGGCGGUACGACUGUGAGCGGAACGAUGGUACUGGCACACAUGGCCGGCAUCCCCAUCUUUGCCACCGGCGGAAUCGGUGGUGUGCACCGCGGUGCUGAGUCUACCAUGGACAUUUCAGCCGACUUGACCGAGCUAGGUCGCACAGCUGUUGCCGUCUUCUGCUCUGGACCCAAAUCGAUCCUCGAUAUCCCACGGACCUUGGAAGUUCUCGAAACAUAUGGCGUCUUGGUCACCACCUUCAACUCUAGCGGCGAAUUCCCUGCUUUCUACACCUCCAACUCGGGCCUCCACGUGCCCUUCGCUGGCAGCGACGCUCAAGCAGCCUUCUCCAUCUUUGCCAACGCCCAACUCGGCAUUCAGAGCGGUCAAGUCUUUGCCAACCCCAUUCCUGCCGAGUGGAACGAAGUCGGCCAAAAGAUUCAGCAAAGUGUCGAGCAAGCGGUACGCGAAUCAAUCGAGCAAGGAAUUGACAAAAGGGGCAAAGAGGUUACCCCAUGGCUGCUCAAGAGGCUGGCAGAAUUGAUACCGGAGAGCAAAGAGAGCAACAGGGCGCUCGUGGUGAACAAUGCAAAGAAGGCGGCGCAGGUCGCUGUAGAACUCGAUCGGAUCGAGAAGGAGGUAGAGCAGGCAGGCAACACUCACGCCCUUGGUGGAGUCCAAUCGACGGUGAGUUGA